AUGAAAGGGGAACUUCAAUCUCUUCAUGAGAAGAUUGACCAGCUGCUUCUCGCAUCUAAAGUCUCCACCUCUGAGGCUUACUCCAAAGUUGUUAUUGAAUCAAUCCUUGAUCGUGUUACAAAGGAACAUUCUACCAAUGUCUCUACUUUGUCCAAGGCUGUUUCUGAUUCUACUGAUGCCUGCAAGGAAAUAACUGAAAAAGUCGAUAAACUAAUUGCGGACACAAUAGCAUUCAUGGAGGAUUACAAGAACACCUACAACGCCAACAUAGUGACCUAUGAACAAGGCUAUUUAGAAUGUUGGUACCCUGUUCCAAACGGAAAAGGUGAACUUUGUUGA